AUCUUUCAUUCAUUGUUCUACAUUUACUUUCUACAAUGAUCUUACAUUAUUUAGUAUAGAAUCUGAAUGUGUAAUUACUCAAGAACACUCUUAUCUUAAUGAAAAGUAUGCACACCGUUUUCCCCUAAAACAUUUUAGGGUUUGUGAGGGUUUUAUAAAGCGGGAUUUAUAAGGUUACUAGAAGAUUUUAGGUUGUGUCUUGCAGAGCUUAGGUAUUUUUUGCAGCUGUAGUAAAAUCAUGGCGGAAAGAGGAGGGGGGUUUGGGCGCGGAUUCGGGCGUGGCGACAGAGGCGGCCGCGGCGAUAGGGGACGUGGCCGUGGAGAUCGUGGCCGUGGGCGGAGAGGCCGCAGAGAAGAAGAAGAAAAAUGGGUGCCCGUCACAAAGCUCGGCCGUCUGGUAAAAGAAGGUAAAAUCCGUUCUUUAGAGCAGAUCUAUUUGUUCUCUUUGCCCGUCAAGGAACAUCAAAUUGUGGAAUCCAUGCUGGGCCCGCAGCUCAAGGACGAGGUCAUGAAGAUCACGCCCGUUCAGAAGCAGACUAGGGCAGGGCAGAGAACGAGAUUUAAAGCCUUCGUCGUGGUGGGCGAUAGCAACGGGCAUGUUGGGCUGGGCGUCAAGUGCAGUAAAGAAGUUGCCACUGCUAUUAGAGGGGCCUUGAUUUUGGCCAAGCUUUCAGUCAUCCCUGUGAGGCGUGGUUACUGGGGUAACAAGAUCGGGAAGGUUCAUACUGUGCCGUGUAAGGUCACGGGCAAGUGUGGAUCCGUUACUGUCAGGAUGGUUCCUGCCCCCCGAGGGGCCGGAAUCGUGGCUGCCCGUGUGCCUAAGAAGGUCCUGCACUUCGCUGGGAUUGACGAUGUCUUUACUUCUUCGCGGGGUUCGACUAAGACUUUGGGUAAUUUUGUUAAGGCGACCUUUGACUGUUUGUUAAAGACUUAUGCAUUUUUGACACCUGAUUUGUGGAGGGAGACUCGUUUCUCAAAAUCGCCUUUCCAGGAGUACACUGAUUUACUAGCCAAGCCUGCUAAGGCUUUCAUCCUUGAAGAUGUUGAUAAAGAAGCUAUACCAGCAUAGGAAACAUGCAUUUUGGUGCAUGGUUUUCUUAGAAGGAAAAUGAGUAUAGAUACUUCUAGUUUGUUGUCAACUAAAAGUGUUAUUUUAGAUAUUAAGGUAAUUUUCUUUGGUUAAGGUGCCCCCUUUUCAAAGGCUUUAGACCUUUCGAUGAGAGUUUUUUUUUCUUAAAUUUGCUGUAUCCUUGUCAAUCCAUUAUUUAAUUUUGGACUUGCUGCUGCCUAACAAUGUUUUGUAGUCCCACUUUUCCAUUUAUGUAUUUAUAUUUUGCA